AUAACAUAAACUCUGUUACUGUUGCUGAAUUGCCACGUACACAAGCGCAAUCAUCUCAUCGCUUUUUUCAUCUCUCCCUUUUCAUCCCAUCACUUGUCACAUUUGACCGCUACUUGAUAGGUUAGCUUGCGUUUCACGCGAUUUUCUUUGUAGUUGUGUGCACUUGCCGCCACUUGUGUAUGUGUAUUUAGUCGUUGACAGCGCAUCACUCUAGCAAAUUUUCUAAUCAAUUCAUUUCUAGUUGUCAAACACCGAUAAAUUCGUAUGAAAAUUUCAUUGGAAACGACUUCAAAGUAUAAUAAUUUUAACUAGAAUUUGUUUGUUCGCCACAUACUGAUUAAGUGUUGAGAUAGCCAGAAGACGCAAUUCAACUCGGAGUGAAAACACAUUGUUGGAAUAAGCCAAAAAAAAAGAACCAAUGUGAAACGUCAUACAAUCAGGCAAAAAUGGAUGACAAACUACUUCAAGCUCGGGUGUAUGAACAUCUAUCGAACACCAAAUGGGAUUUGCGAGCAGCACUCCAAAGAUUUGAUGAGACGGGCGUAAAGAUAGAUCGUCGUUUUCGGAGAGAUUUCAUCAAGCAAACCACUGAUUGUGUAAUCGACACAUGCGAACGAUAUUGGAACGAAUGCAAGCAAAAACGGUCACGAAAAGAAGAAAUCCCAGAGAAAGUGAGCCAAGUGAUCGAGAAGAAAAGUGCAAAGAAACGUCAAUCGUCGAAAGAUAAUACAAUUGAAAAUAGUUUUACACCGAACAAUACCCCACCGAUGUUACGAACGCAUGAACGGGAAAAUUCACCAGAAAUGUUCAAACGACGCAAGACAAACGAUGUGGUAGAUUCGGGCGUUAGAUUGAACAUUUGUAAAACAGAAGUCACAAUGACUGAGUCGAAGAUAGAGCAACCGAUGUUCUUUUUUUACUGUACCCACUGUUUGGAUACUAAUGAAACGAAUGAACUGAUUGGUGGCAGCAUCGAUGAUGUGUAUCAGCAUUGGCGAACAUCGCACCUCAUUCACAUUCCGUCGAAACCAUUCCAAUUCUACGUGGCUGAAAUUGCAGUGUGUCGAUUCGGUGAUGCCAUCGGUACGUACCGCGAAUUAUUGAAACAUCAACAACAAGUACACACGAAUGAUCCGCUUGCAAUCGUAAGUUAUGACGAUCGAAAGAAGUGCGGCAUUUGUCAAGCGACAACCGAAGAGAUGGUUGAGCACUUUGAAAAAGAGCACAAAGCGAUCUUAAAAAAGGAGGUGCUCAACCCAAUGCGAUUGACUGACCAGAAACUUGAUGAACUAUUGAAAAUCGAAAUUCACAAGAAACGUCAAUGCGGCCACUGUGCUGCCAUUUUCGAAACUGAAGACGAGAUUGACACGCAUCAUUCCAUUGGGCAUAAAAAUAUGGUAAAAAUUUCCAAGCCAUACACUGACUACAGAAGUCCAUUUUUGAUUUGCGGCUAUUGUCACACCAAUGUCGGUCGAGAUGAUUAUUUUGGUCACAUCAAGACACAUCCAUAUGUAUUUAGGUGUUGGAAAUGCACAUUUCAAACAAAAGACCUUGUGAAUCUAGUCGUGCACGACAAAUAUGUACACGACAGAGACACACUGGAUUAUCAUUGCUCGUGUUUCUCAAAUUGGAUUAAAACCCAUUUCAACGAUACGAAAAUGGUGCUCCCCAAUGGUUUGGUGCUCCAAAAUUACAAUUUGUUCGGAACGAAGUUCGAUGACAGUAAGGUGUUUCAAGUGUUUGUCGAUGGAUUACUUGAACUGGUCAAAGUUAAAUUUGCUUUGUUGAUCAAAGACAAAACAAUCGAUGAUGAGGUGAAAGAGGAUGGUCAAUUAACACCAGUUGAAGCCGAGGAUGCCACUGCCUCGUUGGCUGAACUUAAUAAACAAAACGAACUUGCCAACAAUCUUAUUGUAAUCAAAAUGCCACGACUCACGAAUAUGGAUUUGCGCGCUAUGUUUUUGAAACUGUGCGACAAGGUCAAAGUGAAAGUAUCCGUUGAUGAUAUCCAACAGAUUCAUCGGCGUGCACGCGAAGGUCGUGAUACGCGCGAUUGUCGAGAAGGUCGCGAAGGUCGAGACGAUGAUACAAUUGUCUGUUUAAAAAGCCAUGAAUUGAAGGAAGAGAUUAGGAUCGCUGCUCAGAAGUACGCCAUCUUCUCCGGAAAUGUAUUCGAACUGCAACCAGACCAGUGGAACAAACAAAUGAAGGUGAUUUCACACACAACACCAUACUAUUCCGAUAUGCUGGCUAUUGCAAAAGAUGCUCGUGCCAAUCGAACCAUUUUCAAUUAUGAACUGUCUAAAUGUGGUCUUCAUAUCAAACGUUCGCCGACGAGUGAUGAUCGCAUAUUCAUUUCGAAGACGGAACUACUAAAUUUCAUCAAUCGAUCGUGAUGUGGAUUGCCAUCGGCCAUGAAGCCAUGCUUCAAACCAUUCGCAUAGUAGUACAUAAGUCUUUUAAAUUAUUGUAUCAAAUUUUUAUCAUCUUUUCAACACAAUAAAUUCAAAUGUAUUUCGACCAAUCGGAACAAA